GGCAGUCAGAGGCAUCAGAGAAGCUCUGUGCUCCACUUACGGUAACCACGCUCUCCCUCCUCACCCUAACUCAUCUUCUCGACCCGCAGAGUUCCCCUCAUUGGACUUGAGGAGAAGACCUGCUGCUGGAAAGCGGGCUGGAGGUUGUGCAAGAGAGGACCAGACGUUCUGCCUGUCGAGGUGUCAUCAAAGGAGUUUUCUGAACCCGAUCCCAACUCAGGGGGCUUCUCCAAACAUCCAGGGCUCCUCUUCUUGAAUGGAUCAGCCUGAGUGCCAUGAAGUGCACGCUUACUUUCAGAGGAAUGUUGAUUUUCAUCUCUGGAACCUUUGCAAGUUUUAUGGAAGUGCAAAUAUGAUAGAAGAAUAAAAGACACCCUGGACCUGAAUCAAGUCCGGACACCUCCCUUACUUGCAGGCACAGGGAGCUGAGAUGAUUUUCAGGGCAAAAAGCAGGAGUCCUGCCCUCACUCCUCGCCUGUGAUGAUGAUGGACUUACCCAGCCAGCACUUGCCUGUGGAGGUCAGCUGAAGACGACGCCACGCAGCUAAGUCUGGAUUAGCCGGCCGAACGAGUUUCAAUGCUCCUCCACGUUCUAAGAUGAAGUUAUGGAAAUGUGCUACUUUUGCCUUCAUGCUCUGUGCUGCAGCGCUGUCCACCCUCCUCAAUAGAAACAUGGAACCUAUCGGACACUUCAAAACAAGGUCAAAACACCCGUACGCAUCUUCAUUCUCAUCGAGACCGUCCUCGCCGCCAGAAACCACGUCCAGAGCAUCGUCGCCGUCGUCCUCGGCAGGAUCGAGAGGCCCGUCGCAGCAGGCGGGUGGUCUUCAUCGGAGGGUCCGCUCGACGGACGACAUGAACUCCCUCCUCUCAGAGUUUUCAGUGAUGUUCCAGAGCUUCACCGAGGGCGAGCUUCAGCACGUGGUCAAAUCCCUGCUGGACAGAAAGAGAGGCAAGAGCCGGCGCCGCGGCGAGAGUCAGGCCCGGAGGACUAAGAGAGCCCGCCGGCCCAAGCCCUGCUCCGUCAGGGAGCUGGAGCUGACGGUGAGCGAACUGGGCCUCGGCUACGAGAGCGACGAGACGGUGCUGCUGCGCUACUGCAGCGGCAAAUGCACGGCCCACCGGCACAACUACGACAUGACCAUGGAGCACAUGAUGCGGACCGGCUUCAGGAAGAAGGGCCGCAAGGACAAGGUCAGCAACGGGCCCUGCUGUCGGCCCACGGCUUUCGAGAAGGACUUUUCCUUCCUGGACAACAACAGUCGCUAUCACACGAUACAGAACGUGUCGGCAAAGAACUGCGGGUGUGUAUGACCCCCGAGAAACGGACCUCCCGCUGCUUCAUGCUGCUCUCAGCCUCUGUCGGAAGAAGCUGUUCAAAGAACGGAGUGCGCUCUCACAGGCCAGGACGGACGGAUGGGAAUACGUUCACGACUGCUUCACAGCAGCCUUUUUUUUUUUUUUUUAAACAGGGAUGUUAAUUUUUUUUUUUUGGAACCCACCAAUCACACGAACAGCAAGUGUUUGGAUUACUUUGGGGAAAAAGACAGAAAAUGACUGCUCCCGCCGUAAAAGUUUCUAUCUUUUCUAUCUGUGUAGUAACACUGUACCUGUGGUGUAACAACAAUGUAGCAACAUGACAGCUUGUGAUAUUAUAUUUGAGUAGUGGUUCAGGCGAUAGACUCACGGCGAUGAGCGCCUGUGGAUAGAUCAUUGCUGUUACUGCACUUCAUUCCCACCGCUGUUAGUCAGUUGAAAUCCGGUUGUUUACAUAGAGUAUAAUAAUGGAACUCAAUUCUUUUUUUUUUUUUUCAGGCAGAAAUGUGCUCAAAAACAAGCGACUAAGCCAUAAAGAAAAAAAAAAUAACACACACACACACACACAUACACACACACACAAAAUGAACCGAUGCUCUCUUUAAGCUCUGCAGCGACACAAUGACCUGAUUAGAACGCCAUGAGAUCGGCGCUGUGACCCGUUUUCCUGCUUGUUACUGUUACUGACCGCAGUGUUAUUACACAGCUGAAAGUGUUAUUGAUAAGAAUCUGACAAUGAAAGGAAAUUCAUUUUCUAUAGCUCCAGGUUUGAUACCCAUCUUUAUUACGUGUACUUUAUAUGUAUUGAUGUUGUAGAUUAACAACGAGGACCUGCUGCAAAACAGUCUCACUUUAGCAACGUGACGAUACGAUAAGAUUCCUCAACAUCUGCUCCCCGUAGAAUGACUCCUCAUGCCAGAAAUAACCUCAUAUCUCAUGUGUAAUUAUUACCCAUAAUUCUCUGGAGUUAUUUUAUCUCAAAUGAUUGCCAAAGUCUAGUCAAAACAGCACACGACGAAACAGAUGAAACUUAAACCCCGUUGACACAUUGAUUUCAAGUGAAAGCGUGAACUUUUCGUUAAGUUUUGAGUGUCUGUUUACACGGCGAAACCAUGGAACUUUUUGAAAAUGGCUCCCAAAUCGGACGUUUUAGAACAAAUCUCAGACUAAGUCGUCAUGUAGACGGACGAAAACAAGAAUUUGUGGAAACGCUCAUGCUGUGACUCCAUGCUGCACACAUGCGUGUGAUUUCACUACAAAAACGACCAACAGCGCCAUCCUGUGGCCUGGCAUGUUAACUACAACACUUUCAUCAUGAAUAUUGUUUUGAAAAUGUUGCCGUUUAAACGCCAAACUUUCCACAGAAAAAAACCCGGCAGGUUUUCACUUGAAAGGUGAUCGUGGACACGGGGCCUUACGUUUCAUGUUUCCAGUCGUGUGACCUGUUAAAUUCUCGUCUUGAUAUAUUUUACACAGAUUUUAGCUUGUGAAAAGUAGCGGCACAUUCUCAUUUUCCUCCGUGACAGAAAUUUGAAGUAGACGUUGGGAUGUGAAGUUGUGUUUGCACCCCUGCGGCGUCCAUGCUCUCUAACCCCAACCCCCCCACAGUACAGCCUUCUUCCGGCCCUGCAUAUGCCUCCUUGUCGUAUUGCCUGGUUGACUUUUAGCGGAAAAAAAAAUAAGCUGUUUAAAUGAAUUAUGAAGCAACUUUUUUUUUUUCACUUUUAAUGAUCCUUAUUUGGUUUGAACCCAUUGCAACUGCCUGAAGUACAACAAAAUUUUUUAUUUUGUUUUUGUUUUACUUUUUGAGGAGUUGAAGUGUGGGGUGCAGAUGCGGUGCAUCUUUAUUGUAGUUUGUAAUGUAUUUAUUUGGGAAGUAAAUUAUGUUUUUUUUUUUGUUUUUGUUUUUGCAUAUUUAUUUAGAUUACCACACAGAAAACAGGACAGCUUAUUAUCAAUUAAGCAACUGUGCCAAAAAAUGUUUUAUCUAACAUUAUAU